GCCGCCACUAGAGCACCUCCUACAAUUUUCGUCAUCCGGGAAUCUACCGCCAUAUUUCUAUUUUUGCAUCAGUGUCCGUUGUUUAUGUGACUGUAUUUGCCAACGUUUCUGCGAUGCCCACACCUUUCUUCGUCCGUGUGUAGUGUAGACUUCUUCGGUGUGAAAGGAGAACUGUAGUGUGUAUAUUUAAGUAUAUUAUAGCCAGGGUAACAGCUGCUGUCAUCGCCGACUUCCAGCCUUGUAUUUCCAGUCAUGUCAACGAAAGCCAAACAAGAAGGGGAUCCCACCGAUGAUGAAAUGAAUAUAGAGUGUCCUGAUAUGUGGUCUAGUCAUCAGCAUCAGGAGGAAGACGGGGAUGAUGGGAGCAGUGGUGGUGGAGGCCGGGACUCCUCCACACCCUCUUCUAAGCCAGAGGAAGGAGAUACAUCUGCCUCUUCAUCAAACUCCAGUGGGGGAGAAUCCCAGAAGGGAACUGCACCACCUUCCAGCUCCUCUUCUCCACAGAAUCUUCCUCAGUGGCAGUACUCUAGGGAAGAGCUAUUGGCGCUUAAGGAAGCCCCUUUGUCAAUAAAAUGGCCGGCUUGUUUGGAUCCUGCCUACAACAAAUCUCCAGGACAAUGGGACCCUGAAAGAUGGAUUAGAGCAGUGCAUGAUGAGCGGCGUCCGUCCAGCACUGCUUCCACAGGUACUAAAGUGACCAAUAAUAGGCCUGAUCGUCCACCUGACUUAGAAUUGAAACGUAGCCGUGACCCUCGUGAAAGAGUCAAGCAAGAAGAACAAGAUGGGCUAGUGCUGUCACCCCAGCGUCGAAGUUUUAGCACAGGCUGUCAUGGUUUACAGCAAGUACCCUCUGCAACUAAACGUCCAGACUCGCCUACAGAACGUCCUCAGAGGGAGUCCCAUCGAGAGAUUCCAGCUCGUAGGAUUGGUUCUGGUCGAAUUUCUCGACGAGAUGAUUUGGAGACGCCGGUUCCUGGUGAACGUAGGGAAACAGCAAGACGAGAGCGGGAUAUAGAUCGAGAUAGAGACCGUGAAAGAGAAGUUGAACCACCACGUAGGGACACCAGAGACUGGAGAUCGAAGAAUGAACAAUGCUUUGAUCGGGAUAAUAGAUAUGAAAACAGACGUCGCUUCUUUGAAGAAGAAGAAACUGAAAAGAGAACUGAUCGGAGAGAGAGAGAUCGUCGUUAUCAGGAACGGCGGCGGAUGUCUUCUCGCAAUGAGGAAGAAGAACCAGAAUGGUUCACUGGAGGUCCUACAAGUCAAAAUGAGUACAUUGAGUUAGUUGGCUUUGAUGACAUCCCAGAGGAAGGAAAUGCAUCUACCAAACCACCCAGUAAGAGAGAGCGUCGGCGCUCUAAAAAGGACAAAGAUGGUGGUGGGAGCAGAAAGGGAUCUCGCUGUAAUACUCCAAUUAUUGAAGAAGUGCUGAAUAAUAAAUCACCAAAAUUGCACCAAGAAGAGCUGGAUAUGCAGAAUGUUGACGUUAAUCGGCAAAUUCAAUCAACUAACAUUGAACCAGUAGACCAUGAGCUACCAGGCUUCAAUAUUGAUGAUUUUAUUGGAGACAUAAUUGGCUACCCUGGUGGGCAAGAUGAAGCAAUGGCAGCUAAUAAUGCUAGCAACAUGGGAAUUGUCGGCUCAUCACGAUUGAAACAGUUUUUCUCAAAAAGAGAGAGUCCUGUUUUGGGAUCUACUGUCAAUUCCCGGCGUUCCUCCAUGGAUUUACCAGCUCAUAUCAACAAUCUUCUGAGUGAAAUCACGGGUAGCGAAACAAACAUUGUGAUCCCUUCGCCCACGGCAGGCCUCGACUCGAACCGCUUCUUCGCACCAAUUUCUCCGGCAGACAAAACGGGUGGAAACUCCAUAGUGGAUCUUCUGCAGCAAGCAUCAGGAGGGAUAGGUGGACCUGAACCAAUGAGACCACCUCCUCCGAUAGGACCUCCUGGUAUGCCAGGAUCACAGCCUCCACCUUCUAUUAAGGAUCUCAGUGAGUUCUAUGUGAUGGACGGUAAAGGACAGAGUUUAGAGGAAGUGGAGGCUGGGAUAAGAAGUAUGCGUCAACCAAGCCACAGUCGCCAUAGUUAUAUUGGGCAUAACCGCCACAAUAUAAGCCAGUUGACAGCUUUUGAUGACUUCCUCUCAAAGGUUACUUCUACUCAGGGCAUCAGCAAACCCGAACACAGGAAUUCAGCCAAGGAUGUUUUGAUGAAGUUGUUGAAUGGUGGAAUGAAAGACAGUGGUGUGGUGAAGCCAUCCCCUCUGUCAGUUCAGCCAGCUCUACCUAAUGCCCCUACAGAAAAUGAUCUCAUUGCUAUGCUUAUGAAAGGUAGUGGCGGCAGUCCUGGACAGCAUCAACAGAACCAGCCAUCGCAUCAACCCCGCAACAUGCCCCCUCCUGCUGUGCCUAACCUCAACAUACCACCCCCAAGCAUGGUGACACAUUACCAACCCCCACCCAACAUGUCUCAGAUCCCAGGCCAAGGACCAUCUACUCAAGAUGUCAUAAUGAAAUUACUACAAGUUCAGCAGCAGCAACAACAGCAGCAGCAGCAGCAGCAGCAGCAGCAGCAGCAACAAAAGAGACAGCAGCAGCUACUGCAACAGCAACAGCAACUUGACCCAAUUAAACAACUUAUGGGUGGUCUUGGUCGUAUGAGUGUUACUCCUUCACCACAACCUCCAGACACGGUUCUGCGUGAUGCUAUCUUGAGGCCAGAUGUGCAGAGUCUGUUGCAGGGAGUGGCUAAUGGGCAUGUGACUGCUGGUCAGUUGUUAAACCAGUUAAAGAGUGGGUCAGUAACACCUGCUCAACGAGAUGCAAUUUCUACAGUCCUCAAGUUUCUAAAGGGACAGCAUUCACAGCCCCUUAUUCCACAUCGCACCACCCUUACUCCAUCUCCAACUCCUCAGGCAGUAGUGAGUGGAGGCCUCUCUCUUGGGGGGAGUGCGUCUCUGUCUCCUCGUGUGGCCUCUCCUAAUCCUGAUGCUUCCAAUAUGCUCAACCCUCAUAUUCUGCAGCAACAAUCUCGUCUCUCUCCUCUAAUGUUUACUGGUGGGUCAUUGGGUAAUAACCUGAGUGUGAAUAAUGUUGGAGGAGGCCCUCGCAGACCCCCUUCCCACCAAGAACUAGUCGCUCAUACACAAAAUAUUAUGCAGAAGGCAUUAAUAAAACAAGAGUUGGAGAAAGCCAGAGAGAAACACCGAAAACGUGAAGCUGAGCGAGCAAGAUCUCCAAACCCCAACGCAUCCAUAAAUGUCUCGGGCAUUGGCUCUAUGUCCAUUUCAUCUAAUGUUAACAAGGAUGGUUCUCCCAGCAAAUCUGGGGUUAAAUCUCAGUCUCCCUUAGCCUUUACACCAACCUCUGUUAUGAGAAAGAUGACGGCGGUAACUGCAGACCGCGAUCGUCAUGAACGUGCUGAUAAAUCUGAUAGUCCAAUUGUUAGUGACCUGAUGAAAGAUGGGGAUAGAACACGUGAACAGAUUGAUAACUCAGCGAGUGGAACUGUGCAGCUUCAAAUUCCUCUACAAUCUCAACAAGUUAUAGGUCGAGGGAAGGUCGACAACAAACGCGAUAUGCGUCGUGGCACCUCUCCGCUACCCCCCAAUAGCACCUCAUUAUCACCAGGUGGCCCCAUAAUGGGUGGAAAAGGGCCCAUGAUAAUGGGAUGUGGGAGCCCAGGCAUAAUGAACAUGAGUCAUCAUAACAUGUCUCCGCUUGGCCAACGGCAUCCUUCAACAUCUCUGCAGCCACAAAACUUGGGAUUACCACGAGGGACUCAACAAAAUCUAAACAAUAUCAGAGCUAUACAAGCAGCACAGGCUCAGGCUCAAGCAGUGUUUGCCCAGCAGUUAAUGAGAGGCCAAGUCCCACCUGCAGGUAAUCUAGGUCCCCCACAUCACAGACUGUCCAGUGCCAAUACCCCUGGUCCUCUCCAACAGCUCCUGCUCAAUAACAACACUCCUAUCACCUCCUUACACCAUCACCAUAAGCAAGAUGGUGGCCUGCAAGUACCAUUAAUGUCCAUGGGAGGAAAUUCGCAUCGCAGCUCUCCCGUCAACUUAGCCCAGUUCUUUGGCAGAGAUAUAAUGUCACAGGUGCAGCCAGGCCAUGCCGAGGCUAGAGAUGAGUCACCUUGUGAAGUCUUCUACCCUGUCCAGAAGUCGGAGAUAGGAUGGAGGCAAGCCAUCUAAGUGUGAUGCAUCCUCAAGGUACAAGCUGGUGGGCUACCUGACCUCCCUGGUGGAAAAGUGUUAAGCUUGGAGGAAGUUGAGAGGCUGCAACAGACUCAAGCCGUUCCAAACUGAGCUUAUGAUAGCCUUUUAUGUGUGGUAAAUCAGGAGAGCAUCAACUUUAAGAAAUCAAAUUUCUUUUUCUGCUUUCGUCCUACAUCUAACCACAAGACUAUCAAAGUUCGGAUACUGCUCUUCUCUCGUGCUUUUAUUUAAUCAUGAAAAUGUCUGUUGCUCCUGUGUAAGUACUUUCAUGUGUCCCAUGUCACCACAGAAAAUGUAAAUAUUGUGUAGUUAGAGGUGGUGAAAUGAGGUGCAUGUUAUAGUCAGCAAAAUGCCAAGUUACUUUAAGUCUUGACAAGAAAUUGUUCGAAAUAUUGAAGAACAUUUUAAUGCAAAAAAAAAAAAAGCAUAUGUAUAUUUAUGAACUAGUAAGGAGCUAGCUACCUUACAGAAUUCUCUGUUGUCCCUGUACCUGUUUCUCUCUAUAGAAUGAAAAAAAGCUGUUCUCACCAGUGAAAAUGUGGGCGUGACCAGCUAUCGUGUGCGAUGUCGUUAAAACUGGAUCUGUAUUCGUCAGAGUGCGAUGAUCAGUCUGUACCUCAUUAUUUGAAUUGCUUCAAGACACUUAAGUGCUGAGGUUUACUGUGAAUACAAUAUGUGUUGUGAUCUGUAAGAAAACACGUUCAUUGUACAAAUAUAGAGUCGAGGACAAAAGUCCCAAAUACAUAAACCGUAUAGUACCAUAAAGGACAAAUGAUAUAAGUGUUUUCAGUGUUGACAAUGUGACGCUAGUGUAUUACGAGAUGACUAAUGACUUUGGAAAUUCUAGUUUUUGAGAAUCCCAUUCAUCUCCCAUCGUCUCUGCACCCUACAAUUGGUGAUCAGAAACACAGAUGAGUGACGUCUGUGCUGUUUCAAGAUACCACCGUUUUAUUUUUUCUUGACAGUUACAUGUGAGUCAAACAGUGAUGAGGUGUUUAUUAUUUUUUUACAAAACCAAAUGUUGAGUGUGAUAUUUAUGUGCUUGCCACAUACAUUUAUGUUUAAGUGUAAGACUGAAGGACGUAAUAAAGUAUUUUUGUAAAGAUUGUAGUUCCUAAGGGAUGCAUUACUGAAAGUGUUGUUUGUGGCAUAAAUCCCAUUUUGAGUGUGGGUUGAAGAAUGUGGAAUAUUGGUGCUUAUGCUGGGACUUCAAGUGCUUGAAUGAGUGUGUGCAUGUGUAUGAUUGUGAGAGAGAAUUCUUUGUCACAGACAGGGACGCUGAUGCAGAAAUAGGUGAAUAAAAUGUCCUGCUUGCUAGAUUUGUAAGUAAACCACUGUACAAAGUUGUGUUGUGUAGAAGAGAAAUAUUUGUUCAGGUGUUACUGUGUAUGUGUUUAAUUUUCUCUAGCUCAUAAAAGCUCAAAUACCGUAGAUACUUUGUGAUCAUGGAGUUUAAAACUUGGUUCUCGAAUCCAAGAUUAGGACUCCCUGACCAUUCUGGAUAUGCUGUGUAGUAUGAUAUGUUCAGAUCAUCAAAUUUGGUUCUUGGGUUAUAUGUUAAUGGUUGUUAUUUACAAUCCAAAAUAAAAAGAAUGAACCUAGUUUAAACAUUACCCAAGGGUCUUUUGAUGAUUUGACGUGUGUGGUGUGUAUGCACAUGUAUUAUAUAUGUUGGGUGAUUGGAAAUUGAUUUAAUACUUUGAUGGGUAACUGCCAUCUGUGUAGAUUUUUAUUAUUUUUUUUCUUUUUUUUUUCUUUUUUUUUUCUAUGCGAUUUGUAUUCAAUUUUGGUGUAUUAUCCACGAAGAGUAUAAUUACAUGCUUAUAAUAUUGGCACAGAUUUGUGCUGUAUAUAGAAAAUGUGUUGCUAAGCAACACAUUCUCAAAUUCUGCCAUGACCUGUGUUGACUGCUGUUUACUGGAAGUCUAGCCAGUUUAUUGUUGUCUCAUAGUAUAUGUCCCAUGUGUGGCGACCGUCUACAUUCCUCAAUGCAACCACCAGUGUUGGUAGUUAUCCUGCCUUUCCUUGUAGGAAGUCAAAUGACUGCAAUAUAAUUGACACACAUUUUGGUGGAACUCCUUACUUCCAAUAGAAAAUAUCAGUAUACUGUGUAUUUAAUGAGCUAAUUUGAGUGCUUCAUUAAGGCUUUCCUUUUUUAUUAAGUCUAUUGAACAUGAAUGGCUCAAUCUUAAAAUGUUAAAAGACCACCAGAAGCUAAUAUUUUAUGCAUAGCUCGGCAUUCAUGCCUUUCAAGAGUUGUACCCUGGUCUAGAGCAGUCUCUCAUUUCAAGUCAAUUACUGGUUAUACAUUUUGUUCCAUAACUUAUGCCAUGGUCACUACUGAUCAGUUUAUUAAUUAAAUUUAGGAUUGUUGAGUGAAGAAGCAUUUUGUAAAAUUUCAUAUACUGUUAGUGAAUUGUUUUUCUCAAUUUUGAGACUUGGCUCAAACGUACAGUAUCGUACUGUAUGUUCUUAUCAUUUCUUUUAUUUACAGAUACAGUAUGUUAGUUAUUUAUAAAUUUUGAUGUAAUAAAUUCGGUUGAUUAGAACUUGACAGCAAAGUAAUUCAGAAAUUGACUAUUGACCUUGAAUAAAAGGUGAAUAUUUGUAUCUUGAAAUCAAGGGCAAAAUGUAACUACUUAAUCAAUGUUGAAAUUGAUGAUGAUGAUGCAUCAUUCCUGACCAGAUACGACAGAGACCAUUACUCGCCCUCAGACAGAGAACACAAAGUGAAAAAAAAUCCAUGUGUAUCUCUAAUAUACAUGGCUAUAGCCUUUUAUCAAGGAAGGAAUUUAAUAAAACUACUUAAAUGUAUAAUCUGCAUCACCUGUUGAAAUAGCCACACAUGAUACUUUGAUGUUAGAUGAAAAAUAAAAAUGUUGUUAACCAAGUUGGUACAAGAAAGAGUACUAAGUGAAAUGCAAUAGUACUAAAUAAAAAUAUUUUCACUUAUAAAAGUGAAAUGUGGAAUCUCGUGAAUAUUAAAGUUAAACUAGAUCGAAGGUACAAUGCAAAUGGAUGCAUCAAGAGUAGAGAUUGUGUUUUUCAUCAUUGCUGAACUGUUUUAUUGUGUAACUACCUGUAUUGUAUCACAUGUGUUAUCACAUCAAAGUAAGUGGUAAUGUUGAGAUUGAGACUUUAUUAUUAGUUGUAUGCAAUAUACUUAUUGAAAUUACAUUUUGCUAAAAAGUCUCUUCAGCUUCUGCUCACUGCAAGUUGCACAACCAUCACCAUGACAUAAUUGGUCUCUCGGUGUACCUUCGGUCAGCCCUAACGUAUCCUCAAGGUUACGUUAGUAACAAAACAAGACUUGUGGUUUAUUUUAUUACAUACCUUUAAAUUUGAAAAAGGAAUUGGAAAGAAUAAAUUAGGUAUUUCUCUUUAUUUAGAAAUGCUAACAAAAUAAAAUACCAUCAGCCAUUAUUAA